AUGGUGCACUGUGUGGCAUUUGGAUGCCGUAACAAAAGUGACGGUGGAACGAAAGGUUUUUUUCUAUUCCCGAAGGAUGAUACUUUGAGGAAGAAGUGCACAAAUGCCGUGAAAUCAUUGAGAAAUGUUAACGGAACGUUAAAGCCAUUUGUGCCGACGAAAACUUCACGUUUGUGCUCUAGACAUUACACCGACGAGUCAUUUGUACAUCCACCGAGUAUAAUGAACUCAGUUGGUUUGACUUUGAAACUACAGCUUGUUAAAGGUGCAGUCCCUACAAUUUUUCCAGAAAUUGAAGCGUUUAAAAACAACAACAAACCGUCAUCAGUAAGCCACCUAGGGCCACCAAAGAGGAAGAGGACAUCCUAUGGAGGCUUUGAGAAAAGGAAUAGAAAAUCAUGUAUUGAUGAACUCAUCAAGUCUCAGGAGCUACUUGAGAAAGAAGAGGAAGAGAGACAGCGAAUUGAAGAGGUGCUAAGUUCGGAAGUGGUUGAAGAGGGUUCAUUACAUUGA